AUGAGAAUGGAGGUUGUUGGCGAUGUGGCAUCAUUGGAUGUUGAGUUGUUGCAGCUCCCGGAGGUGUCUACUAUCGGACUCAAGUCUAAUUUCACCUUCGUCGAGACGCUUUAUCAGCAGUGGCUUUCGCUUCCGGAAAGCAAUCGUUUGGCAACAUCCUUGCUAAAUGAUGUAAAGUCCGGUGUUCCGUUAAAUGUCCCGGGUUGUUCAAGUCCAAAUGCUUCUAGCAAUUCUUUGCCUUCUAUGUUUCCCGCUGGCACUGCACCACCUCUUUCACCAAGAAGUUCAUCUGGCUCCCCUCGCAUAGUGAAACAGAGAGGCCCUUCUAAUUUGGGUUCUUCUUUUAAAGUUGUUAGUGAGCCAGUUAAAGAAGUUAUACCCCAGUUCUACUUUCAAAAUGGGCGUCCUCCGCCCAACGAGCUGAAAGAACAAUGCUUGCUUAGAGUUGACCAUUUAUUCUCGGAUCACUCGCAUGGGCUGCAGAUACAUGAAUUCAAGUCAGUUACCAAGGAAGUAUGCAAGCUACCAUCUUUUCUUUCCUCAUCUCUUUACAGAAAGAUCGAAAAUGGAGCUGGUAUUGUGACAAGGAACGCAUUUAUUGAUUAUUGGAUUACUGGCAACAUGCUGACGAUGGAUAUAGCGACCCAAAUAUUCACAAUUUUGAAGCAACCACAGUUCAAUUAUCUUACUCAGGAUGAUUUUAAACCUAUACUGCGCGAGCUUUUGGCAACUCAUCCUGGGCUGGAGUUCCUGCAGAGCACACCUGAGUUUCAAGAGAGAUAUGCUGAAACCGUGAUAUAUAGAAUAUAUUACUUCAUCAAUAGAUCAGGAAAUGGCCGUCUUACCCUGAGGGAGCUGAAGCGUGGAAAUAUAAUUGAUGCAAUGCAGCAUGCUGAUGAAGAAGAAGACAUCAACAAAGUUUUGAGAUACUUCUCGUAUGAGCACUUUUAUGUUAUAUACUGCAAGUUUUGGGAGCUGGAUACUGAUCAUGAUUUCUUGAUAGACAAGGAGAAUCUUAUUAGAUAUGGCAAUCAUGCACUUACCUAUCGAAUUGUCGAUAGAAUAUUUUCUCAGGUUCCAAGAAAGUUUACAAGUAAAGUUGAGGGAAAGAUGGGAUAUGAAGAUUUUGUUUAUUUCAUACUAUCAGAAGAGGACAAAACAUCUGAGCCAAGUCUUGAGUAUUGGUUUAAGUGUGUUGAUUUGGAUGGAAAUGGGGUUCUGACAAGGAAUGAACUGCAAUUUUUCUAUGAGGAGCAACUGCAUCGAAUGGAGUGCAUGGCACAAGAACCCGUUCUUUUUGAAGACAUACUGUGUCAAAUAAUUGACAUGGUUAGAUGUGAGAACGAAAGCUAUAUCACUCUGCGUGACCUGAAAGGCGGUAAACUCUCUGGAAGCAUUUUCAAUAUCCUGUUCAAUCUAAAUAAGUUCAUGGCCUUUGAAUCUCGGGACCCAUUUUUGAUUCGCCAGGAACGCGAGAAUCCUACAUUGACAGAGUGGGAUCGGUUUGCUCACAGAGAAUAUAUUAGGCUUUCAAUGGAAGAAGAUGUAGAGGAUGUUUCUAAUGGAAGUGCAGAAGUUUGGGAUGAAUCACUAGAAGCUCCCUUCUGA